GAAGCAGCAGCAGCAGCCGCACAAAGUCAGAGGCGGGGCCAGACGGGAGCGCGCCGCUGUGGGUGCGGGGACGCGCAGUCAGCUGCAGUGGCUCGCAUUGUGACGGCGCGCGGACGGGAGCUCUCCUGCGGAAUCUGUGCUCUGAAUAUUUGGAUUUUUGUUUUUAUUUUUUAUUUUUUUUUUUUAUUUUUUUUUUAAGGGGAAAACUGGGCGCUGAGACUCCGUUCGGCAUGCUCGCGGGAACAGGAACAUGGAGCGCGUCCCCGUGCGCUGUGGAGAGCGGGCUUUAACUGGGAUUUAAACCUCCUCGCGCUCCGCGUGCCCACUCACGAGCGUGUGUGUAGUUGAGCCUUUCUCGCGGUCCGGUCCCGUCGACGGGAGCUCCGCGAGGGCGGUGCGCGAGCGCGCGCUGCUCCUUUCGGUUUGUUACACGGUCAGUGUGUAGCGCUGCGCAGUUGGAACCCAGUAGGGAGUGGGAUCGAUUCCCGACUUCGGAAGCAGUCCGGGUGCGAGCGUCGGAACAUGGAGGCGGUGAUGGAGCGGGAGUGCAGCGCGCUCGGGGGGCUUUUCCAGACCAUCAUCGGCGACAUGAAGAGCAGCUACCCCAUCUGGGAGGACUUCAUAAACAAGGCCGGGAAGCUGCAGUCUCAGCUCAGGACCACGGUGGUGGCCGCCGCCGCCUUCCUGGAUGCCUUCCAGAAAGUGGCCGACCUGGCCACCAGCACGAGAGGUGGCACCCGGGACAUUGGCUCCGCCCUCACCAGGAUGUGCAUGCGUCACAGGAGCAUCGAGGCGAAGCUGCGGCAGUUCUCAAUGGCAUUCCUGGACUGCCUGAUAAACCCCCUCCAGGACCAAAUAGAGGAGUGGAAGAAGGGAGCCAACACCCUGGAUAAGGACCACGCUAAAGAGUACAAGAAGGCCCGGCAGGAGAUAAAGAAGAAGUCCUCCGACACGUUGAAGCUGCAGAAGAAGGCGAAGAAAGCCGAUGCCCUGGGGAGGGGGGACAUCCAGCCGCAGCUGGACUGCGCCAUGCAGGAUGUGAAUGAUAAGUACCUGCUGCUGGAGGAGACGGAGAAGCAGGCCGUGCGCAAGGCCCUCGUCGAGGAGAGGAGCCGCUUCUGCACCUUCGUGUCCAUGCUCCGGCCCGUCGUCGAUGAGGAGAUCUCAAUGCUAGGAGAAAUCACUCAUCUGCAGACCAUCGCCGACGACCUCAAAGCGUUAACCAUGGACCCCCAUAAGCUGCCCCCUGCAAGCGAGCAGGUGAUUCUCGACCUGAAAGGCUCAGACUACAACUGGUCCUACCAGACUCCGCCCUCCUCCCCCAGCACCACCAUGUCCCGAAAGUCCAGUAUGUGCAGCAGUUUGAACAGCGUAAACAGUAGCGACUCCCGGUCCAGCGGGUCGCACUCUCACUCACCCUCCUCGCACUAUCGCUACCGCAGCUCCACCCUGCCCCAGCAGGCCCCGGGCCGCCUCUCCAGCAUCUCGUCCCACGACUCGGGCUUCGUCUCGCAGGACGCCUACCAGUCCAAGUCCCCCUCGCCCAUGCCCCCCGAGAGCGCUCCGCAGGCCUCCUCCAGCUCUGCUUCCUCGGACGCCUCUGAGACCUGCCAGUCGGUCAGCGAGUGCAGCUCGCCCACCUCCGUCAGCUCCGGCUCCACCAUGGGCGGGGCCCUGGCCUCGGCCGAAAAGCUGUCAAACGGGUUCGACCAUCACGCGCCCAGUGAGCCUCCCUACCUGGCUGGAGUGGGGCAUGGGGGGCCCUUCCUCUUUUUCCCACUUCCAUCCUCCUCUGCCCCUUCCACCAUCUGUUCACGGGCAUGGUCUCGACCAAGCUCCGCCCUGCUCCCUGACUACCCCCCGUAUUGCACCCUGGGCCCGGGCAUGGUGCCCUCCUCCAAAGUCCCCAGCUGGAAGGACUGGGCAAAACCGGGACCUUACGACCAGCCGGUGGCGAACACGCUGAGGAGGAGCAAGGAGCGGCGCGAGGCUCCGGAGCAGAGCACCGCGGCACCACCGCAGGCGGGAGGGGGCGCCACCGCUUGGGACGAACCCCAGAAGGCCAGGAGUGCAACCACACCCACCGCCCUCAUGGGAGGGGACGUGGAGGCCCACGAGGAGCUCGCCCUCGUCCUGUCGCGGGGGCUGCAGCUGGACCCCCAGCGUUCCAGCCGGGACUCCCUGCAGGGGUCCAGCGGCUACAGCACCCAAACCACCACGCCGUGCUGCUCCGAGGAUACGAUCCCCUCCCAAGUGAGUGACUAUGACUACUACUCGGUGAGUGGGGAGCAGGAGGUGGACCAGCAGGACUUUGACAAGUCCUCCACCAUCCCGCGCAACAGCGACAUCGGCCAGUCGUACCGCAAGAUGUUCCAGGCAAAGCGUCCGGCGUCCACGGCUGGCCUGCCCUCCACAGGGGGACCAGUCAUCGUCACCCCGGGUGUGGCCACCAUCCGCCGCACGCCCUCCACCAAGCCGUCGGUGCGGCGGGGACCCGGCGCCGGCGGCCCCAUCCCCAUCAAGACGCCCGUUAUCCCGGUGAAGACUCCCACGGUGCCUGACCUGCCAGGGGGCGGGGCAGAGGAAAGCGACGAGCCUCUGAGCCCCGAGUCCCCUGGGUCAGGUGGGGAGGGUGACCAGGUGGGUGUCCUGCCUUCAGCCUCCUGGAGUGGCCAGGCUUCAACCAACCCCCCAGGGCCGCUGCCCCAGCCCGGGGCCCCUGAGGGUGACGGCGGCGCGUUAGAGGACGUGGAGGUUUUGGAGGAGCCAGACUCUGUCGACGCUCAGGGAGACAACAUGCUGCUGGCCAUUCGCCGGGGCGUGAAGCUGAAGAAGACGACCACCAAUGACCGUUCGGCACCGCGCAUCGCCUGAGAGCGCUGCCGAGAGUAGUGCGCGCACUCGCACGUUCUCCCAUAUGCUUCAGUAUUCGGCGCGUGCCGCGUGAAGGCAGCAUCCAUUCCAGUACCCUUUGGAGGAAGAACAGUUCUGUGUCAUUCGUUUAUUUUUUCAGAUGUAGGGAGGUGAGCAAUUUAUAUUUUUGAAAUGAAAAGAUGAGUCAGAUGCGGGGGGGGAAAAAUGUAAAUACGCGAGCGGUUUUUCGUCGUUCUUAUUCUAGUUCUGCCUCGACUUCCUCCCUGCGCUUUCAUUUUAAUGGAAAAGAACUUUUUGUGAACUUAGAUUUUUCCAGCCGUGUCAGUAUAUGACCCUCGUAGGUGUGCCUUCCCAUCCUGUCCUCGAACCGCAUUAUGGUCCAGCUCAGUAGCAUGGUGCACUCUAGCACAAAGGUGACAUGGUUAGCAAUAUAAAGUAUGGGUGGUGAUGUACUAGUAUUAAUUGAGUACAUUUCCAGCUCACUGGUGCAUGCCGUGACUAUAAAAGAUGUUUGAAACACGAAUAUGUAAAAACCGAAGAGCCGUCCACUACAAGCUGAAAAAAGUGGUGCUUUAACAAGCCGUGUUGAAUUAUGUCACUGUUUUGAUACUAGUAUCGCUACUGAUUUAAUUUUCCUCCUCUUUUUUUCCCUUCUGGAAUCGCAAGCAGUCACGUGCAUGCAGCCUUAACGGCUCUUGAUGGUUCAUUUUCAUGGAAAUGCUGUAAAAAGCUGUUUCUUUUAUUAAAAGUUGUUUUUUUAAGCAUCAUCGAAAUCAGAUACAUGGAAACAUAGCAAAGAGGUCGAGUAUGUACAAAACUGUAAAUACUGAAUGGUUGCAACAGGCUUAAUUUAUUCUUUAUGUAACCCUUCUGCUUUAUUCCUCAGAACAUAUACUUUCAUCUGUGUCUUUUAUAUAUAUCUCCUGCAUUAAUAUAUAUCCACUGGACUAAUGAGGUCCUGUGCUCUCAUUUAACUGCAAUUUGUGUGAGCAGACAACACAUUUUUCGUCUGCGGUGGGGCUGAUGUUCUCUCGUUCUCCUCUAGGGGCAGCAGAGAGCUCAUGCGUUACACAAGGUUAACGAUUCACGAGUUGUUAAAAGGAGAUAUUUUCUUAUGAUAUUUUCCUCUGAGAUGAAGUGCGACUAGCCCC